AUGUCCCAGAACCUGCGCACCGUGCUUAUUUUUGGCGGCUUCUUCUCCUUGGUUGGUGCCUCCUUAUACCCCAUCUACUUCCGGCCCCUAAUGAGGCUGGAGGAGUACCAGAAGGAACAAGCCAUCAAUCGGGCUGGGAUUGUCCAAGAAGAUGUGCAACCACCAGGGUUAAAAGUGUGGUCCGAUCCAUUUGGCAGGAAAUGAGAAGGCUGUCACCGUCUCUGAUUACGCAAGUAGACAUCUUCAUGCUUUCGACUCUGCUUCGAACAUAAUAAGGAGC